AUGCAUCACGGUAAAGUCCAGGAAAGUGGGACGCCUCUCCUUGGUUCGGAGAUAGCCUUGGAAACGAUGAAUCUCCGGACUGGUAGCUAUCAAGAUGCGUAUCUUCAAGAAUUUGGCGGCAAGAGGCCUCGUGGCAAGUUUUUUCGUAUGCGACGGAAGAAUGGUGGCAAGCCAAUGUCUCGAGAUUCAGCUACAGGUUGGAGGCUUGGUGCGUCGGUUGCAGCCGCCAUAGCGCUUGUUGUCUUGAUAGCCAAUGUUACGAUGGCCGGCGUGUUUACCUCGAGGGCACGAGCUCAAGGAUAUACCUCAAAUGUCGUACCCAUCAACAUUGGUAACUGCGGCUACAUCAAGAAACUUGGCAUCGGGAUACAUCUCGUUAUCAAUAUUGUUAGCACCCUUCUUUUGGGAGCAAGCAACUAUUGCAUGCAGACUAUAAGUGCUCCGUCGCGCGAUGACGUUGAUAGAGCGCAUGCAAAGGGCUCGUGGGUAGAUAUUGGCAUACCCAGCCUCCGAAAUCUGCGCUUCAUUAGGAAGCGGCGAGUUUUUGUCUGGUUCUGCCUUGGCGUAACUUCUAUUCCACUUCAUCUUGUCUACAAUUCUAUCUUCUUUGUGUCCACUAACAACAAUCUGUACCGAAUCUGGUACGCCGACGAUUCCUUCGCGCGAGGUGCUCCUUUCAACGAGACGUUUUUCGCACAAGCUAUAGCCCUUGGAAAUGUCAACGCCGGCAAAGUGCAAGAUCAGCUUAUGCACGGCGAGCGAUAUCAAAAUCUCACCAACGACGAAUGCAUCAACGCUUACGCAAAAGCUUUGAUUGAGGACAGAGGGAACGUGAUUUUAGUCAUGGAUAGACCCGCAAAUUGCAGUAUUUUCAACGAUCCAUUUGAUCUGAGACUGAGCGAACCCGGCCACUCUUCUCUUCCGGAUUGUGGAAACACAUCGGCCACAUCUCUGUACUCAGUUGACAACUACAACAAUGAUUUCAGCCCCGAGACCGAUCCCUACAUUAGUAACUGGUAUUACUGGAUCUGUUCCCAAGAUGAUGGAGCCUGGAAGGACCAGCUGGGAGCAGAUCCAUGGACAAUCCAUGGCAUUAAGGUCAACUACUGUCUCAGCGAAAAACUAAACAGCCAAUGCCAACUAAGAGUUUCCCUCAAUCUCAUUUAUGCGGUUAUAGCUUUUAACGCGGCCAAGCUGAUAAUCAUUAUCCUCAUCGCGACAAGCUCUUGGAUCAACGACGAGCCUCUGGUAACUGUCGGAGACGCAGCUGCUUCUUUCAUUGAAUCUCCUGAUCCGAUAACGAAAGGGCUCUGUCUCGCAUCUGCACGUGAGAUUAUACAUACUAAGGUAUCUGAAGAAUCAUCCCACGCGGUUUAUCAGCCCCCGAGAAAACGCUGGUUCUCUGCUGGUAGCUCCCUUCGCUGGACAAUUGCCUCGCUCCUGACUCUUACUGCAGUAGGCGUGAUUCUUGGAUUGCUAGGAUAUGCGUUAAAGAUGCUGGGAAGCCGCUUUUCCCGAAGCGAUUUUGGUUCUCUAUGGUCUUUUGGUAUCGGGACUAUCAACCCUUACACGCUCAUCAGAAACUGGAAGAUCCCCACAGAAGGAGAUCUAGCCGUUGCUGGUACCGUCCUCCUGACAAACUUACCGCAAAUCAUCUUGUCCUUUAUAUACUUGGUUCUGAAUUCCCUUCUAACGUCGAUGGUUGCUGCCGCAGAAUGGGCCAGUUUUGCUCACGGUUCACACCAGCCCCUCCGAGUCUCCUUCCCUAAAGGGGCACAGAAGUCUGCAUUCUUUCUAGAGCUUCCUUAUCAAUACAGUGUCCCCAUGCUAGUUCUCUCGAUACUGAUGCAUUGGCUCAUUUCUCAAGGAUUCUUCAUUGCACAGAUAUUUGAGAGGUACUUGUGGGACUUUGACGACAAUGAUAGGCUUGACCAAGAGGCGUUGGAUAAGAUGCAGGUAACCACAACGGGUGCGUACUCUCCGAUUGCUAUGGUUCUCACCUGUACCAUUCUUGUUAUAUUGUUUGGGAGCGUGGCCAUCCUCGGGGCUCGCCAGUUGAGGGAUGGGAUGCCGCUUGCCGGAAGUUGCAGCUUAGCCAUAUCCGCUGCGUGCCAUACGCCUGGGGGAACUUCCAGUUUACUACCAGUGAAGUGGGGGGUAGUCCGUUCAGCAGAAGGACCUGUAGAUACCGGUCAUUGCUCUUUUUCCAACGACGAGGUAGAAUUGCCAGAACCUGGUAACCGCUAUGCAUAA